AUGUCGGGUACAAAUUACCAAAGGGAUGGCAGUGGUUAUGAAGAUGAAUUGCCAGUGCACCAGUCGGAAUUAGAAUUAGAAUCUGAUAUUUUACAAUUUAACAAUAUUAGUCGAAAUAAUCAGAAUAUUAAUAACUCUUCUACAUUGUCACAUCAAAUUCCGUCAAGAACUUCCUCAUCUAAAACAAAUCUACUUAAGAAGAUAGGACUUUGGAAGUUUUUCGAAGCCGAUGAUUCAUCAGUUACCACUUCUUUUCUAGAAAAUGACUACGUUAAAGUGGUUUUUCACGUCCACCUCCCGCCAAAACUUGAGAAUAUCUCGAGAGAUUUUAAUUUAAUAGAUAAAGCAACUCCUUGCGUAAUUGGUAAUAUUGACGAACUCGGUAACUGGGAAAAAGAGUUGGUUCCACUUAAGCAACCUUAUUCUAAACCACUCAGAGGAUUGUAUGGGGAUAAAAACAGUACUUAUUGGGUGUCUGAACCCGUUAUGAUUCCAAUAAGUAAGUUUCAUGAAGGUGAGAUUAGAUAUAAGUAUGCCGUGCAAAUUGUUGAGAAAAUAGAUAAAAAAAGUAUUAAAGCUGAAGAAAAGAAGAUUAAAGAAGCCGAGAAGAAAGCUGAAAAAGAUAGAAAGGAAGCUGAGAAAAAGGCUGAAAAGGAGAGGAAGGAAGAAGAAAAGAGAGCAAAAAAAGCUGAGAAAGAAAGAAAAGACGCUGAAAAGAAAGCUGGAAAGUAUAUGAAAAUUGAUGAUAUUAGUCAAGAUAGCGAAAAUAAUAGGGACAACGAUGGUAGUCUCUUGAGGGAAGAGGAUGUCGGUGAUGAAAAACCUGGUGAUACAAAAAAUAACGACAACGAUGAUGAUAAAGGUGAAUAUGUGGCCAAGAAAGACAAGACGGAUGAUGAUAAGGAUGAUGAUAGGGACGAUAAUAGGGAUGACAAUAAAGAUGAUAAUCAGGAGGAUAAUAAGGAUGAUACUAAGGAUGAUACUAAGGAUGAUACUAGAGAUGAUAAUAAGGAUGAUAAAAAGGAUUAUGAUGACCCCAUGAGACCCGAAGAAACAGAGAAUUAUCGUACAUUAAAUGUAAAAGGUGAAUCAACUAAUCAGUUUGAUAUAGUGAGCAAAAUAAACAUUGACAAUCGUUCGUAUUAUAAGCAUGUUCAUGAUUACGAAUUCUUUAAAAUAAUCUGGAAAUCGCUUACUCCUGAGAAUGCUAAAAUAAAACUUAAGGAAUAUCUAGAUAUUUUGGAACGGUUUCCAGAUGAGACUCUAUCAGCGGUUGAUGUAAGCUUUAUCGAGGAUUCACUUAAAAGUACAAGCGAUAAAGAAAAACGUCUAUUUUUAAGUAUUGUACUAGGAUAUUACAUUAUCACACGUUCUAACACAUUUGGGAAUUAUAUGCUCGGAAAAAAAUUUCCUUCUCAAAAUGUAUUUGAAUGUAUUGAAAAAUUUCGUCCAGAAGACUGGUUACCCAACACUACAGAAAUACUCUUAACUACUCUUCGUGCAUCGAUUGUACGUGAUGUACAAUAUGGUGAUCAUUUUUGGGUGAAAGCUAUGUUUACAUUUGCGCAUUCUUUAGACCCUGAAUAUAACUUCUUGGAUUGUGUUUCUAAUAAAUUUGACGAAAAAUAUUCAGACUCACUCGUUAACUUUUAUUUUCCAAAAUAUGUUACUCCUAGUAUUAACAAAAUUGAAUCUGAUGAAACUUAUUAUAUAUUGUUGCGAAAAACAUUCCUUGAACGCGUACAAUACCACAUUUCAUCUGUCUCUGCAGAAUUAUUGCAAAAACAUUUUGCUGCAAUCUCCAAUGAUUUCAAGGCAGAUGUAGCAGAUCCAUUUCGAAAUGCUACUUUUGCUUUAUUAGAACGUACUUUUGUUCAUAAAUGGACAGCCUCCAAUGUAGAUGCUAUAUAUUCCAUGUUACAAAAUGAUCAGCUUGAAUGGAGAAAAGAUCAUCAUCUUCGAGCACUUGAAAUUAUUUCAAUCUCAAAGAGCAAAUUAUUAUUAAAUAAAUUUCCUGCGUUGCUUAAAUUCUGGUUUAACAAAUAUAGUAAAUUUAUUAAUUUAGCUAAUUUAACCGAAUCGGAUGAAAUUCCCAAUAUUUGUGAACGUUGGUAUUAUAGUAUGCUAUCUCUUCUUGAUUUCGCCUCCGAUAAAUUAAUCAAAAUUGCUAUUGAUCGUUGUAAUCAGUGUAGUGAUACCAGGAUCUUUAAAGCCACUAAGCAUAUUCACAAAUUUCAUAAACUUGGUCAGGAUCUUGUUACACCAUUUGCUCAGAUGGUGAAAGGAAAAAUCAUUGUUAAAAAUAUUGAUGACACGUUGCUACAAAAGAUGCAAGAGAUUUGUGCAUGUAAAUCGGAUGUUUUGGAUGUUCCUAAUUCGUUGUGUGAAGAAAUAUUAUUAUAUAUCGUGGAAAAAUUGAACACCUUACAUCCCUUACCUGAUAAAUCCGAUUCUGAAAUUUCUUCUACCUCAUUAAUUCUUCUCCGUCAUUCCAGAUUUUGGAAUUUGAUAUUAGAUCCAAUUGGUGAAGUUACAAGAUUGAAAUCACAUCCAUAUAUUAAACAAGCUCAAAGUAUCAUUCGUAAUUUCGAAAAAAUCUUGACACAAGAAUCUAUCACCUUCCUAAUCUUACAAAGACUUCUUCUUAAUAAAGAUGAUAUAUUAAUUCGAUUUUUUAAUUCUGAAAAAAUUAAUAAAUCAACUAUUAAUAAUUUAAGAGAUCAAUGCAAGAGUUAUUUGAAUAAAAAGGAUCGAUUACAUACUUUUUAUACUCGAUUUUGCUCUCAAGAUAAAGUUAGUGAUCUAAAUUUGUUUCUUGAUGAUAUAAAUGAAAGAUCAACAAAAUUGGAUAAUUUAACUCUUAAAGAGACUCAAUCACCAAAUCAUUGGGAGAAACAUGAGAUUUCAGAGGAUGCUGCAAAUAUGGUAUAUAAGUUAAUUGAUUCCCAAACUUUUAGAAAUAUUUUUGAUAAUGUAAUGAGAAUUGAAGGAGGGCCCGUUUCUACGGAAAAAUUGGUCGGAUCAAUUAUACCAUCAGUAAAUGAGGAAUAUAAAAGAUUUGCUCGACAAUACCAAACUGAAAAUUGGAAAACUCUUAAAUGUUCAAGUCAAAUUAUACUUUGGCAAAGAGUUAAUCAAGGAAAUGUUAGAAAUGAACUUGAUUUUUUACAAAUAAAAAAAUCUGAUCUAUUGGUGCAAACAAUGAUACAUAUGACUCAAUUUCCUAUAUAUGUUGAAAGACUUCAACAAUUAAAUGGAAUUAUUUUAAUGUUCAAGGUUAUAUGUACUAAAGGUGGCUGGUUUAGUACUAUGUUAAUGAUUCUUGAAAAUGAAUAUUUAUGGCUUGGUGCGCUUAAUAGUUUUUUCUCCUAUUAUAAUAAGCACCUAUCAUAUAUUAAAGAUAAUUGUUGGGAAUUAAUCAAAGCAUUAUCAAUGUCUCAUGAUUUUAUUAAUUGGCUUCGAUCUAUAGCUGAACAUAAUAUAAAAAAUUUGAUUAAUAGUGUAGAUGACCAAUCGGAUGAACGACUUAUUCAGGAAGAAACAAUGUCUUCAUUAAUUCAAGUCCAUCAAGUUUUAGUACCAAUAAUCAAAAGUGAUGAAACCUUGACCAUUAAAAAGCUCUUGAGAAAAUUGGUAACAAUUGUGGAUACAAAUCCUAAAUUAGGUCAAAAAAUUGAAUUAUGUAAUUGUAAUAGAAAAGCAUUGGAAAAUUUAGUAAAGAACAUUGAUAAUAAGACAGAAAUUACUCAAGAACGAAUUAGUAAUUCUGUUAAAAAAGGUGUUUUUACUUUUCAACGACUUGAAAAUGAUGAUAAAUGUACUGCUACUUUAUCUUAUUCAACCCGAGUAUUCGCGGAAGCUUUAGAAAAGCAAAUGACAAAGUUUACGCUAAAUGAUCUACUUGAUUUACGAGGACGUGCCCUUUUGAUUUCAAAACCUGGCAUCACCUUGGACGUGGAUAGUCUUGGAGAGGAAGGAUUACAACAUGAUAUGGCUAAAAAGACAAUGAUUGAAUUUGUGGAUCAAGUUGAUUUGGCACAAGAGAUUUGUGGAUUGGCUUCGGAAUUGAUUCAAAUGGGGCAUUUUAAAUAUAGGAGGUUUAAUAAAGAUGUUAAAGGAAUCAAUGAAAUGGAAGGUUUACUUGAUGAAUUAAGAGUGGCUUUAGAUGAAUGGAAAAAGAUUGUGAACAAAGCGCAGGAAAAAUAUUAUUACCUGACUUUCUUUCCAGCUAGACAAAUUUUGGUAUUCUACGACUAUUUUAGUCAAAGUGCUAAAGAUAAAGAAACAAAUAUCGAAGAGUGCAAAGCUCUUAUAAAUUUUGUAAAUACUAGUAUCGAAUUACCACCGUCGGAUGUAGUAUUAAAUAAUAUACUUAACGAUAACACUCUUAAUGAUGACACGAAUGAUGAUAUAGAUACUCCGAUGGAAGGAAAGAUACUAGGAUAUUUGUUUAGAAAUAUUUAUAAUAAACCAAAGCGAGUAUCACGAAACAAAAUAGAAAUAGUAAAAUCCGAUUUCGUUUUUUCAGGAAAAUUAUUUGUGGCCGCAUGUAACGAUAAAUUACUCGUUCCAAAUAUUAUAAUGUCAUUAUAUGUUAAUCAUGAAUCAUAUCCUCAACCAUGGCAAAUAUUAAUAUGUACUCCAUCAACUACUUUGGAAGAACUUUCAAUCUUCACUAAACGAUGUUUCUUUGCAGCAAAAAAUGGAUAUGAGAAUUAUUUAUUUUGUAUUGCUAAUUUAGAAUUAGUCGAGUUUGAACUGCAAUAUCAACUUGUAAACAUUAUUAGAUCAAUGAGUGAACAAUAUGAUAAAUAUUUAUUGGCUCUCAUAUGUUGUCGAGAAUCUGGUGUUCAUCAUCAUAUCCUGGAUCAAUUUUCUCAGGAUGUUCAUACAACAAAUGGACUUGAUAUGAAAUCCAUGAAAAUAAUAUAUCAAGAAUUAUGCCCAAACGUUUUUUGUGUGACGUCGGAGUUUUCCGGUCUAGGAAAAACUGAAUGGAUUAAAAAUAAAAGCUACGAAUUAAAGAAAGCUCCAAAUAGCUUUUUAAUUAAUGAUGAUGUUGAUUUUAGAACAUUGGUUAAACGAUUUAAAGAAUUUAAGAUUCAAUCGUUUGAAAGUUUACAUCUGAAUAUAAUAUCAGCUAAUCAUCCUAGAGACGUCAAUAUGUUUAUAUUUGAACUAUUAACUUUAGGAAUGGUCGUAAAUAGUAUCGAUAUAGCUCGUUUGCUCAAUACUAAUAUAUUCAUUGAAAUUGCUUCAACCGCCGAUCAAUAUUUGUUUAAAUCUAUACCAAUAGUUCAUUGUCUUGCAAAUACUGAUUUGAAAUGGGACAUUAGAAAUCUCAGGGUAUCCAAAGAAAUACAUAGUCCUAUUCAGAUAGUUUGUCAUUACUUAUAUGCUUAUGAGAGAACCAUAGAUACUAAAAAUCUCUUAUUCCAUACAAUCGGGCCUGAUGCUACAAAACCUAUGCCUGAUGAAGCAUGUCAAGACCUUAUUAAUAAAUAUUUAUUUGAUAAUGGCACUAGUAAACAAGAUAUUACAUCAUUCAGAUUUGUUGAAAUAUUCGUUAACGUCUUUGCUGAUCAAUUGGUUCGUUUAUCUUCGAGUCAAUAUUUCCAAGUUGAAAAUUUAAAAGUCAUGAUUAAAGAAAAAGAAAUUCGAAAAACUUUACUUCGAACUUUAUUAGAUGUAUCCAAAGAUUUUGCAACAUUAUCAUUUAAAACCAAAACUGCACAAUUAGAGUCAACAACACCAUCAAAUAAUGAUAAAUUGGCAACCAUAGUUAAUUGGGAUGAUUCAAAUCAUCUUUUGGUAUUUUUCUUAUCACAAAUACCAGAUGCUAUUUGUGCUUUAUAUCGUGAUGAGAAACGAGUUCCUGAAAAUGUUAAGAGAUUAUUAAAAAGUCAACAUACUGAUAAGGAUAAGAAAUUUCAAUUGGAAAAUUAUAAUACAAUGGAUACAUCACAAUUAUUGGAAAAAUUGGAACGUUUGGCAAGAAAAACCAACAAUAAAAUUAAGUAUCCUCGUUAUGCAUUAUCGGCAGAUAAUUUAAUAAAAAUGGCCUUAAUUUUGUUAAGAGCUCGUGCCAACAUUCCGGUAAACUAUUACACAUUAUUAACUAUUAAUCCAAAGUCAUUAGACUUACAUGCCGGUGUGACCGAAGAAAACAUCUUAUCUUUUAUGGAAGAAGCUCAAAAAUUCGCCGAUACUUCUGAACUAUGGUUAUUCUUUGAUGAAAUAAAUACAUGCAAUCAUAUAGGUCUUCUCGCAGAUUUAAUAGCUCAUAGAAUGUUAAAUGGUCGCCAAAUACACCCUAAUAUUAGAUUGUUUGCAGCAUGUAAUCCGUAUCGUAUACGUACAAAGGAUCAAAGUAAUGUUGGGUUGUCUACCAAAGCCAAAAAGAAGGAAAUUAGAUAUGAGGAACGUAGCAAUUUAGUAUAUCAAGUUAAGCCAUUGCCCGAUCAAAUUCUUGAUUAUGUUUGGGAUUAUGGAAUCCUCCAAGAAAAAGAAGAAGAAAGAUAUAUUCAAACCAUGGUUCUUGAAGCAUUAGAAAGUGAUUUUAAAAACCCAGAUAUGUUUGCAAAUUUAAUAUUUAGAUCUCAAGUAUUUGUUCGAGAAGAAGAAGAACCUUAUAGUGUCAGUCUUCGGGACGUAAAACGAGCAAUUACCCUAGCAAAAUUCUUUAGCGACAGUUUUACAAAAAGAUCACAACUAAAUGAGAAAAAUAAGUAUCCUCCAGAUGAUGGGUUCGAUCUUUCACUUAGAUGUUAUGUAUUAGCAUUAGGUCUUUGUUACCAAUGUAGAUUAUAUGAUCAAAACAUUAGAAGAAGAUAUCGUAAAGAAAUGGCAAAAAUUAUUAGCUACAAAUUUAAAUUUAGUGAAGAAGAUUUUAGUAAUAUUAUCAGACAAGAGCAAGAAGAUUAUAUAGAUAGAAUGACAUGUCCUCCUAAUACUGCAAAAAACGAAGCACUCUUGGAAAACGUUUUGGUCUAUCUUAUUCCACAUCAAGGUUCAUCAUCAUCAACGUCAGAUGGUAUUUCAAAAGUAUUCGAAAAAGCCAACAAUUAUCAAAAAACAACCUCUAAAGAAUUUCCUGUGAUAAGUGUUGUCUUGCUGGAUGAAGUUGGUUUGGCUGAAACAAGCCCAUUUAAUCCAUUAAAAGUCCUUCACUAUUUACUUGAACCACCUUAUGGAUCCGAUAGUCAAACUGUUUCAGUGAUCGGAAUAUCUAAUUGGAGAUUGGAUAACAGUAAAAAAUUCGCAAAUUUCCAUGGCCUACGUGACUAUUAUGCUCUUGUAAAAUCCCUUUCAAAAACUGAACUCACACCAAAAAAUAUCCAAAAAGCUCUGACCCGCAAUUUUGGUGGUACUGAUAAAACUCAAGAGUUAUGUGAAAAAUAUUUUGCACAAGUGCUCAGAAACUUUAACCAACAAUGUGAAUGGGAGUAUAAAUCUUUACCAAUAGAAGAUUUAAUAAAUGCAAAUCUUGAUGACAAGGAUGCAAGACACUUGAUGGUUAUCGGUAAAAGUGAUUCUAUAGUAAAUUGGUUAACAUACAAAUUGAGGAAUAGAAAUUUGGAUCCGGUUGUUAUUAUGGGAUCUCAAUUUCCUGAUGAUCAGGAUGAUUAUGCAUAUAGCAUGUGCGUUGAAACGGGAAGACCGUUGAUUCUUACUGAUUUGGAAAUUAUUUAUGGAAGUCUUUAUGAUUUAUGGAAUCAGAAUUAUAUCGUUGCAGGUAGUGCAGACAAUCCAAAAUACUAUACUAGAGUGGCUCUUGGUGCUUAUGCAAAUCCUAUGCUUUACGUUCACGAGGCAUUUCGAUGUAUUCUUGUUCUCGAUGAAACAAAAUUAAAGACAGCCGAUCCUCCACUUUUAAAUCGUUUCGAAAAGCAAAAGAUGACAAUCAAAGAUACUUUGACCACAACUGAAUAUCAAAUAGUUGAGCAAUUACUAACAUGGGUAGAACAAAUGUCAAAGAUUUUUGGAACACAAGGCAACCAAUCAAAACUAAAUGAAGAUUUUAAACAAAAAGAUUUGUUUAUUGGAUUCGAUCCUGAUGAAACUAUUCAAAGUCUGGUCAUUGAUACCAAGAAAAAUUAUCCAAAUAGUGAUGACCGAGAUAUCUUGAUGAAAUGUAAAGAAAAGCUGGUGGCUAUUGCUUCAAGCGAUGGUAUUAUCAGAGCUGAAAAAUCAGAGUUAGAUGAUGAUGAGAAAAGAUAUUGGAAAAAAAUCUAUUUCGAACAUCAAAAUCAUGAUAGCAUUGCUGAUUAUAUUAAAGCUGCGUUGAGCAAAUCUAAUAGUUCACGUGGACUUCAAAUUAUCAUUAACACUUUUUCCAACAUAAAUACUGACAUUAAAGCAUGUUUAGAUGGAAUUGUCAAUUGUCAAGUUGAUAAAUUAUCGACCUUUAAAACUGAAUCUCAGCUUCAAAAUAGAAUUAAAGAUUUCUGGUUAGAAUCCACUGACGAAAUGCUUAUUCUUCAAUGCGACGUCACAGUUGUAAAUGCUGGAUGUAUCAAAUUAGCAAAAUUCUUGAUUGAACAACUUAAAAAUGAAUAUUUGAUGAAACAAGAGAAAAGACCUGAACUUACUUGGAAUACUAAGCAUGCAUGUAUCAUUAUGCAUAUUCAUAGGGAACAAGAAAAUUCUUCCGCAUCAUUCAAUUUUAUGUGCGGAUGGGAUCAAGUCACAAUUGAAACUCUUGCGGAACAAGAAAAAUCACUUUCUGAGCUUAUGGAUAAAAGUCAUGGUUACAAGAAAAAGCCUCAGCAAAUUGGCAAUAUAAUGACACCAAUCGCAAAGAUUCUUUGCGCUCUUGAACAACACGCUGCAACUAGAACCUUUUUUGCGAUUGAUAACCCAGACAUUGAUGUUGUAGACGAUGAUAAUUUUCUUCUUGAUUUUUGGUUCAGCAUGUUCAAUAACAAAAAAAUCAUAGAUCUCGAAAAAGUUCCAGAACCAUCACCAGAUUUUUAUAGUAUGCCACCAGGAAUUUACGAUUUGAAAUUCCCAUUUUCAUAUUAUUUUAUGAAACAGAUUGACAAUUUCAAACCACUCUAUCAUGAAGAAAUUAGUAUAUUAACGCAAAAUCCUCAAAAUGUUGAUCUCACAACUGGUGAACUUGAUGAGGAUGCACAUGAGGAUUAUCUUAAAGAAUUAACUAAAAAAAUCCGCUCAAUCAAUCCGCUAUUAGAGACAGCACCUAUAACUAGAGUACCAGAAUUGUAUUUCAAAGAUUUUGUUUCAGUUAUUGCCUAUAGUGAGCCUGGUAAUGAAGAUCCUGAACAACUAGAAUUAAUAUUUAAGCGAAGGCUUGGAGAAAUAAAAGUGUUGGAACCUGUUGCAUUGCAUGCAUAUUGGUGGUCACAUGGAACCUCUGUCAUAGCAGAAUCACAAAUUGUUAAAAUAUGUCCACAACUAAAAUAUAUUACAGAUAGUGAUAUUAGUGAUAUAUCAGAAAUUAUCAAAAAUGCUGUGGCAAUAAUGUUGGAUAGAAUUAAAAGUGGAGAAGAAACCGAAAGAUGGAAACACGAUGCCAAUAAAAUUAUUAUGCUUGGUAAAAAGAUAUCUGCUGAUUCAACAUCUCUUCAGGCAUUAAUAUUUUAUAAUGAUUUGCUUAACAUUGGGUCAAUUCGAAAGAAAGACAUUUUACAAAUUAUUUCUCUUGGAAAAAGUUCAAACCAAAUAAUCACCAUUGAAAUGUUAAAUGCAGUUUUUGAAAUUUUAAACAAUAUUCCUAAUACAGAAAGAAAUAUAUCUAAACGAACCAUAAUAUUAAGUUUUCUUGAUAUAAUUCCAGUAGAAUCUGAUGUAAGGAUUCAACUUUAUAAACAGUUAUUUUCGGGUAAACCAUUGCCAUUAAUGAGCAUAGUAAUUAAAAGAAUCUUUGAAAUCGAGGAGAAGCAUUACAAAGAGGUGUUUUUCAAACUUAUUCAAAAUCAAACAAAUAUUUCACAAAUAUCUCAGAGAUUAAAUGUGAUAGAUAAAUCUAUAAAAGAUUUCAAUUCUGACAUGGCAACUUUAUGCUGUGACAUUAUCCAACAUGAAUAUUUUCAUAAAACAAAUUUAACUACAUUAGCUCCAUACCUUCAAUCAGCUUUAGAAGUAAUAUGCAAUGAAGUUCAAUCAUUAAAACAAAUCGCAGCAAUAGCGUUUUUAAAAGAAUUUGUUGGGAUGUUUUGGGAUGUAGUUUUUCAAGAUAAAGAUCGACCUAUUAAUUAUCAUCUCAUGAGAAUUGAACAACAUGAACUUUUAAACGAUGUUGUUUGUUUCAUGGAUAUGCCACAACCAUUGAUUCACUCUCUAAAAAUAUACUUUCUUCGAGAUUUAAGACAACGUGGCCUAUCGUUUGAUGAUUUAAAAAGAUUUUGUAAAGCGAGAUCUAACGAAUUAUCCUGGUAUAAUCAUUUCUCAUGGGAAACAAAUGAUUCAUCUCGGCUACCGUUCAACCCGUACUGGCAUUUAUCUAAAAACAUUCAAGCUGAAAGUGCAUACACUCGAUUGUAUCAAUUCUCAGACAAUUCUCAAAUGCAAAGAUUUAUCAGAACGAUUGAACAAAAUGAUGAUGUAGAAUUAAGAUUGGUAUUACUUGGAAUCUUCAUGACCAAAUUUCAUGCCAUGCGAGCUUCACGAGAGUUUAAUCAUGCAGAACAACGAGCGGCAGAUUUUAUGUUAAACGAAGUUAUCAAAUUUUAUUUACCAAUUGCUUAUAAACAAAUGAUUGAAGAAAUUAUGAUCAAUAAACAUAAUUUAUAUAGUAUUGACACUAAUAUUACUAGCGGUGAACUAGUCAUGAAGUCAGUUCUUGUGCAUAUUGUGGGAUUACAUGCUUCCAUUUCUCAAAAUAUAUCGCCAUUAGCUGCUUAUUUGCAAGAUGCACAAACAUGUCAGUCACAUUAUAUUAUUGCUUGUCAGUCCGAUUACGAAACUGUUUUGUUUAAUGCUGUUGCACAAGGUGGAUCUAAGCAUGUGUUGGCUGGAGGAAAUGUUCAGCUUGAUCAAGUAAAGUCCACCGAUUUCAAAGCACAAGAUCAAGCAGGAUAUAUUGAAGAAGAACCGAAUGACAAGCCAAAUUAUUCAAUUCGAUCAAUGAUUCCAGCUUCAUAUCGAAUUCUACAUCUGUUCGUUCACACUCUUAUUGCAGCUUCAGCAACAAAAACGAGCACAACAUUAUUCACACAAACUGAGAAAAAAUACAGUGAUAUAAUUCAAUAUUGUUUGGAACAUAUUAGGUGCGAUUGGAAUAUUCUGAAAAAUGUUCUUGAUGUUUCAGAUGAGAAUUUGGCACUAUUAUUUCAUUCAAUACUAAGCACUAUGGCCAAAGAACAAUUUCCUCAACAAAAAGCUGUGCUUAAAACAUCAGAAGAAAGAGAAGAUUGGGAAAUGGGCUUUAGCGCGGCAUAUAUUUUACCAAAAAUUCAAAGUGUUACUAAAACCACCGUUGAUUUCAAAUCGGAAUUGAAUAAAGGAAUGGAAAUAGCAAAAGUUGCUAAAAACGGAUUAGAAGAUGAAAUUACACAAGAAUUAGAAAUGAGCCCACAAUAUAAUAAAGAUUACCUUCCUAAGUUGUGGAGAUUUACUGGAAAAAUUAGCUUUGAAGGAUUUAAUGCAUAUUAUCUAAAGAAUAUUUUACAAAAUUCCAAAGAUUUCCCAUUUUUAAAUAUUUAUUUCAAACACGAAAAGUAUUUAUCACAAUUAAAACACUUUUAUCCAAUUAUCAAAUUCGUCAAAAUUUUACAUUCAAAACUAGCACACAAAUUAACCAGAGAAAAAGCAAUAAAAUACACUUUUGAUGAAUUCAUUCAAGAUGAAUCAAAAAAUGAAGCAUUUGUAUCUUUAGAAACAUCUUAUGAUGAAUUUGAAAAGUCCUGGAACGCGGUUGCUGGCAACGUUCGUAGGUACCAGUGUCAUGACUUUGAACCUCAUAAAUUGACAAAGAAUAAUCCGGUGGUAUUCGGAUUAAUUGAAGCUAAAGAUUCUGGAAUUUAUUUGUGCGCAAUCAUAGAAUAUUUGGUCAAUAUACAAAACCACUUCUUAGAAGAUGUUAUUUCAAUUCCGGAUGAAACCUGUUUAUCUCUUAAAUUCUUACAAAAAGCUGUACCCUGGGCAACUUCAAUCCAAGACGAAACAACAACUAUUUCUAAUCCUUAUCAUAUUCCUUCCAAACAAGUCAAUUCUUUACAGCAAUCUAAUAUAAUCAAUUAUGAAUGGGAUAACAAAUUACUUCGAUAUAGUCAACAUAACCUUGAAAUUAGGCAUGGUGAAGAAGUGAUUUAUGAUUUGCAGAAAAUAGAACAAGAACUCGCACAACUUUUAAUUUCAGAAAAAGUAUUCAUAGAAGGAAAUAGUGAAGAUCAAUUAUACAUGGACCAAUUUUCUUAUCAUAUGGAGUUAUUACAUGGUGGGUCAAGAAUUUUAAAUGAGAUCAAAGGAUUAAUACCACAAGAACCAAUUCCUACCGACAAAAUUUCAUUAAUUGGAGUUACAGAUCAAUCAAUUAAUCAAAAAUUACUUCAAUCAUUGGAAAUACUUUUAUGCUUUAUUAAGAGGAUAUCGACCAAAAGUGGUGAAACGCUUAUUAAAGAUUUCAUUGAUCAAUGGAUUCAGUUAUCAAAUUCAAUAGAACUAAAUAAUUUUCAGCAAAUUAUUAACAUCGAAUUGAGGUUAAAACACAUUGUAGCAUUAUAUGAACUUAUUGAAGAUCAAGUAGCAAAUAUCGGAAUCAGUUAUAUAAAUGAGGAAUUUAAAAAACCACUUAAUGAAAUGAUGACAAAGGAAAUUUUGGAUUCUUUAAUCAUCGAUCAGCAACAUGUUAUCACAGAUAAUCCUAAACAACAAUCGCAAAUUCCGGCCGAAGCAUUUGUCACUGCAUUAAAAAGAUAUAUGCAAAGAUUCUUGUGUGUUGAUACAAAUAUUAAAGCAGAUCUUCUUUUAUCUAUCUAUUUAUGUGAUAUGAGUUUAAAUUUGUGGCCUGAUGAAAUUAAAGAAACAUUAGUGGAAGAGAUGUUUCCACAAUCAUUAUUGGUUGAAAAUACAUAUGAAGCUUAUAAAUUUGUUAGAGAAAAAAUUCAGGUUGCUGCGCAAAUGCAACAGUCCCAAACAGUAGUGAAACCGCCUCAUGAUUUGCCAGUGAAUAACCCUGUUAUACUUCCAUCAAUUCGUAAUACUGAUGCUCCACAAAAUGUCGUAAAACCAACAAAUAGAACUCGUGCCCGUCAACGCGGGCGUGGUCCCAACGUUAAUUUUGAUGUAUAUUGA